AAUGGUUGGAAAGAAAAUUUGAUGUGCCUAAAAAAACCAUAAGGAACUUUCUUUUGUUUCAUUGGAAAUUUUAAUCGUAUUUUGGUUAUAAUACAACCGACUUGUGCAAUGCAGUUAACGAAGAACAUGUUCGCGUUAAUACUUUAUUGUUUAAUUAUAACUGCAAAUUUAAUUCCAGAGUCAAAGACUGAAAAUGCAAUUGAAAGGACAUUCGAUGCUGAUUUCUUGCAAUCUUUGAGCAGCGUUAUGGACGACAUUAAGAAAUGGGUGUUUGAAGAAAAAUCAGAUGAAGUAAUAGUCACUACACUCGACGAACAUGACAUAUUGCUACUAUCGACACCUUAUAUAGAUAAUCCUGUUAAUAACUCGAAAAAAACAUUACUACUACAAAAUAUCGAAAAGAUGUUCGAGUCGUUGGAAUGUUUCCACAGCUUGUUGACUUGCCGUUUGUUUAAUAUAAUAAUAACCGAACACCAAGAGAGGAAAAAAAACCAACGAGAUAAGAUCAGAAUUACAUUAUGGGACUUUUACAAAUAUGUACGAAGGGUGCAAGCAGUGUUUUCUUAUGGAAAUUUCGACGUUCAGCCGUGGCAGACGGCUAUUUACUCGAGGUUAAAGGAAAUGGAAAUGCCAAACGUUAAAAGUCUAGAAGACUUAUUAGCGAACAUCAAACCUAAUGAAGAGAAAGACCGACAAUUAGUGAACACCAUCAUGAACUUCGGAAAUCGAUGUCAAGACAAACAUUACUUACCUCAGUCAGAAAGUAUUUACAACGUUAUCACAAAAUCAUAUGAUAUGUUAACAUAUUACAAUUGGUUAAACUGUAAAAUGGACAUUCCUUGCGUAAGGGCGGUGGAAGGUGCAGUCACUCGAAAUUUCUUUCUACUACCCGAAGAAGAAACGAGCGAAAGGGAGAAAUACAUUCGUGACCGCCUCAGGUUGAGUCAAUUGGAAAUCAGUUCUUUAGACGAGCAAACAAGUGAUUCGACCAAGUUUGACGAAUGCAAACAUGAAUGGUCAUUCAAACUUACAGCUGAGAAAUUUGGUCGUGUUUGCAGGAUCAGGGAACCUUAUUUGUCUGUUGACACGGUUGUGGAAGAAGUUGUGUCUGAACCUACAGAAAGCGUUGCAUCGAAGUAUGAUGCGACGUACAAACAGAAGGCCAUAGAAGCCUUUCAAAAUGAGACGCAUCUGACAGUUGUGUCUUGCAGAGGGUUUGUGGAUAAACAAAUUAAUUUUUUGGCAGCGAAACCAGACGGUUUGAUUGGAAACAACGGCUUAGUUAUGGUUAAGUGCCCUCACAAUGUACAAAAUGUGCAUCCGAAAAGUGCUGUCAAAAAAUUACAGUAUUUAGAAUACAACGAAACGGGGGAUGUUGUAUUAAAAACACAUUCGGAUUUCUAUAUUCAAGUGCAAGGACAGUUACAUAUUGCACAAAAGGAUUACUGUUAUUUUGUAGUUUGGAAUCCUAUGGGAGUGUUCUAUGAGAAAAUCAAAAGGGACGAUGAUUUUUGGAAUAACGAAAUGAAAGAAAAACUUGUUACAUUUUAUAAUGGUCCAUUGCUUAACGAACUCACUGACCCUCAACAUGUAUCGUUAUACAAUAAAAAUGUAAUUCGCAAAUAACAUAUUGUAAUAAAAUUGUUAUAUAAUAAUAUAGUAUUGUUCAAUAGAACUUUAGUUCAUAAGUUAAGUUC